AUGUUUGUGAAAAGUGUUGAUGCUUCUGACUAUGCCAAGAUGGGGGAUAAGCUAGUUGAGUUGUUGGACACUUUUGUUGAGGAAAUGGGUGAACAAAAUGUUGUUCAAUUGAUUACCGACAAUGGAAGUAAUUAUGUAGCAGCGGGUAAAAUAUUAACUUCCAAAAGGUCAAACAUGUUUUGGACUCCAUGUGUAACCCAUUGUAUAUACCUUAUGUUAGAAGACAUGGGAAAAAUUCCAAAGGUUGAUAAGGUUAUAAAAAAUGGAGUUAAGGUUGUGGGCUACAUUUAUAACCACGCAUUUGCUUUGAAUUUAAUGAGAAAGAUUACCGACAAUGUUGAAUUGGUUAAAAAUGGAAUGACGAGGUUUUAUACAUCUUUCCUUACUCUACAAAGGUUGAAAGAACUAAAAAGUAAGCUUAGAGAGAUGUUCAUUUGUGAUGAAUGGGUGAGUUCCAAGUGUGCCAAUGAUGCUAAAGGAAAAAGUGCAACUAGUAUUAUACUUAUGACAUCAUUUUGGAAUGAUGUUGCGUACACUCUUAAGGUCAUGGCACCUCUUGUAGAUGUGUUAAGAAUGGUUGAUAACGAAAGAAAACCGACAAUGGGUUACAUAUACGCCACAAUGGGGGUAGCCAAAGAAUCAAUUGAAAGAGCUUUUAAUUCAAAUUCAAGCAAGUACAAAUUCGUAUUUGACAUCAUUGAUAAAAGAUGGGAGUGUCAACUUCAUCAUCCGUUACAUUCUACAGGUUACUAUCUCAAACCUGAAUAUUAUUAUGAGAAACCAGAAAUUGAGAAUGAUCAUAAAUUGUACAAGGGUGUUAUAGGUCUCUUUGGUAUAAGAGCAGAAAUUAGACAAGGGUUGACAUUAGCUCAAGCUGAAUGGUGGAAGUUUUACGGAGAUGAAACUCCUGAUUUGCAAUUGUUGAUGAUUCAUUCCAAGAAGCGAAAUAAGUUGGAGCAUCAAAGGUUGCAAGACUUGGUUUUCGUCAAGUAUAACCAAGCAUUGAUUAAAAGAUUUGAAAUUCAGGACAAGAUUGAUCCUAUGGAAUUUGGUGAAAUUAAUUAUCACACUCAAUGGUUGGUGGAAGAGAUGGGAGAGAUGGGAGAAGAUGGUGAACCUUUACAAGAAGACUUGGUUCAUGAAGAUGAUGAUUUAACUUGGGCUUAA